ACGUGUCUCGCGGUCUCCGCCCUGCGAUUAAAUUUCUCUGUGUGUCUGGUAGGAGAUAGGCUAUAAGUAUGCAGUUACUACCGAACUCGAAUCAUUACAUUGAAUAAAACAAGUCUGCAAGGUGGAGUAGUCAACAUUCCUUUAUCCGCGUCGUUUUACUCAGUUUGUUUCCUGUCGCAUUCCAUUCCACUGAAAGGUUAUAGGCACAAGCUAUAGCCUAUUUUUUUGUUUUAUAGAUAGGUGCAAACGGUAUUUCGCGUUGUUCGGACAGAUUACUGAAACUGAGUGACCGACCGCAUCGUCAGUGCGAAGGAGAGAAGAUCCGUGGGGAGUAGCCUACUGGAGCGGUACCAGUUGAGAUCAAAAUGAAUGAGACGGACCAUCAUCUACAUCUUGUAGAAUAUGACUUUGAGCGGCGAUUUGACGAGAGGGUCGCAAUCGAAUGGAUGCAAGAAAACUGGAGCAAGUCGUUCGUGUUCUGUGGCCUCUACGCAGCGGCCAUAUUUGGGGGCCAGCAUUUUAUGCGGGAGAGGCAGAAGCUGGACUUGCGCAAGCCAUUGGUGCUCUGGUCACUUGGACUGGCCCUCUUCAGCAUCAUCGGGGCGGUGCGGACCGGCUGGUACAUGCUGCACGUCCUCAACACCAGCGGCUUCAAGCAGUCCGUGUGCGACCAGAGCUUCUACAGCGGGCCCGUCAGCAAGUUCUGGGCCUACGCCUUCGUGCUCAGCAAGGCCCCGGAGCUGGGUGACACUGUGUUCAUCGUGCUGAGGAAGCAGCGGCUGAUCUUCCUGCACUGGUACCACCACAUCACCGUGCUGCUGUACUCCUGGUACUCCUACAAGGACCGGGUGGCUGGCGGCGGCUGGUUCAUGACCAUGAACUACCUGGUGCACUCGCUGAUGUACAGCUACUACGCGCUGCGGGCGGCGGGGGUGCGCGUACCCCGCCCCUACGCCAUGAUCAUCACCACCUCCCAGAUCGCCCAGAUGGCCAUGGGCCUGACGGUCAGCGGCCUGGUCUACCUGUGGAUGCAGGAGGGCCACUGCCCCUCCUACCUGGACAACAUCGUGUGGUCUUCCCUCAUGUACCUCAGCUACCUGCUCCUGUUCUCCUCCUUCUUCUACCAGGCCUACCUCAAAGGCCCCCAGGCCAAGGGCCACAAGUCGGAGUAGGCCCCUGCAGCAUCCCCCCCCCCCCC